CAGAUUUCAACUGCACUUGUCCUCUUGGUUCACUUCUACUGCUGAUUUUGUUGCUGCAAAAACCUUAACAGUUGAGUGAGGCUCUUAACGUUCUAGCAAAGUCACAUCAUGGCAAAUACAGCAGUCACAGAUGACCUGAGUCCUCUGAGGCGCCAUAAGAGCUUUGAAUGGUUGCCUCCUGACAUGUCUGAGCUGAGGGUUGUUCUGCUGGGGAACAGCUGGUCUGGGACGAGUUCUGUCGGGAACUUCAUCCUGGGAGAGAACGUCUUCAACUCUGAGGAAGAACCAGAAAGCUGUUUAACAGUUAGAAGGCAGUUUAAGAAGAAGGAAAUUGUUCUAGUCAGCUCUCCAGACGUGUUUCAUCCUGACAUCUCUGAAGACAAACUCACAGAACAUGUGACAGACUGUGUGAGACUCUGUGAUCCUGGACCUCAUGUGUUCCUGCUGGUCUUACAGCCUGAAGACUUCACGGAGGAAAGCAAACAGAGACUCUGCAGAGUCCUUAAACACUUCAGUGAUCAGUCUUUCGAUCGAUCACUGAUACUUGUGUCACCUCCAAGAGAGCAGGGCUUAUCCGACAUUAAAAACUACAUGCAGCAUCCUCCCUUUAAAGACAUGAUCAGAGAAUGUAAAUACAGAUAUUUGGAUCAGGCAAACCUUGAACUUCCUGAGCUGUUAACACGUUUCAAUCAAAUUGUGAAGGAACACAAAGGGGAACAUGUCAGCUGUGAAAUUUUCAUGGAUGCUACUGGUGAUGUACAAAACACAGAACAAAAGGAAACAUGGCCCAGCAGCCCGGAUGCUGGACUGUAUACAAGUGAUGACGGAGCAACACCGCCUCCAUCAAUGAGAAGUGACGAUGAGAAGCUCGACCCAGAGAGUCUCAGGAUUGUGCUGAUAGGGAAGACUGGCAGUGGAAAGAGCUCUUCAGGAAACACCAUUCUGGGACGACAUGAGUUUGAAGCUGUUUCAGGUCAAAUAUCUGCCACCAAGCGUUGUCAGACAGAACACUGUGAGGUAGACGGUCGUCCUGUUAUGAUAGUCGACACUCCUGGCCUUUUUAAUGAUUGUUUGUCCCAUGAAAGGGUUCAUGAGGAGAUGGUUAAAUGCAUCGGUCUUCUGGAUCCAGGACCACAUGUCUUCCUGUUGGUGUUACAAAUCGGCAGAUUUACAGAAGAAGAGAAGGAGGCGGUAAAGCUCUUCAAGAAAAGCUUUGGGAAGAAUGCUGAAAAGUUCACCAUCAUUCUUUUAACAGGAGGAGAUAAACUAAAGCUCGAGAACACGUCCAUUGAGGAAUACAUUGAAAGAAAAUGCACUGACUCCUUUAAGAAUCUGAUCGCUGACUGUGGAGGAAGAUGCCAUCUAUUUGAUAACAAUGAUGGCCUAAACCAAACACAAGUUAGUGAGCUGAUGAGUAAGAUUGAAGGAAUGGUGAAGACAAAUGAGGGCAUCUGCUACACCCAAGAGAUGCUCCAGGAGACCGAAGCAACUUUAGAGAGAAAAAUGAAAAGGAUCUUAGAGGAGAAGGAGGAGGAGAUGAGAAGAGAGAGGGAGGAACUACAACAAAAACAUGAGGAAGAAAUUCAAGAAAUGGAGAAAAGAAUGGAAGAACAGAAAUUAAAAACUGAAAAUGAGAGAAAACAGGGAGAGAUGGAGGAGAACAUUAACAAUGAACAAGAUAAAAAACAAAGAGAACUGGAAAUAAGAAGAGAAGAAGACAAAAAGAGGCAACAGGAAGAAAUUCAACAACAGGAGUGGGAAGAAAAAGUUGAAGCUUUGGAGCAAAAAUUAAAAAUGGAAUCUGAAUUCAAGGAAAUCCUGGAAAAGAAGCUGGAAAAGACCAGAGAGGAAAUGAAUAGGGAACAAGAGAACUGGGAGAGCAAACAAAUAGAAAUGUGGGAGGAAGCAUUGAAAGAAAAUGAACAGAUACGACACAAGGAGGAGGGGAAGUGGAAGAAGAUCCUGGAGGAAUACCAGAAGGAAAGAGGCAAUGAUGAAGAGAAAAGAAAGAAACAAGACCAGAUCAGAAGGCAACAAGAGGAAGACGAGAAAAAAGCCAUAGAGGAAAAGUACGAAAGAGAAAUGGAGCAUCGAAAGAAAAUAUAUGAAGAGGAGGCCAGAAAGAAAGCUGAGGAGUUUAAUGAACUGAAAGAGAAAUAUGACAAAGCCUUGACCGCCAAGAAGCCGCAGUAAAAGAAACAGAUGGAAGAAAAAAACAGCAAGAUAUCCUUGAGCAAACUGCAGAUCAGAAUUACUAACUUAGUAACUUCAGUUAUGAGCUGGAGCUAUACAAAGAUUGAUUGAUUGAUUGAUUGAUUGGAAGUCAACCUUACAUCCAAGUUGAUACCCUGGCUGCUACCUUAGGACAAAAAAAAAUCUGUAUUUAUCUACAGAAGUAAAACUAAUUUCUCAAUGCUUUACAGAAAACAAAUCAUUUAGGUAAUCUCUGUCUAGUAUAUCAGUGUGAUGUGUGUGCAUUUAUCUAUAUAGACAUAAAGUUUGGUAUAUUUUUAUACAUGUACUUCUUAUUUUAAACCCUCCUUCUCAGUCAUGUUCAUCAAAUUUAGUUUAAUGUGGGUGAUUUCUUCUGCACAACAUUUUCCAACAUUUGUGAUUAUAUCCUAUUUUCUGUUUAUCUGUAGACUUAUUUUUGUCUUUGUUACAUGUUUGCAAAAAUACAUGUACUGAAAAAAACCAUUAAAAUCCA